AUGACUGGAAAAUCGCAUCUGAAUGCUACUGUCGUUCCGGGCAAGACUGACGGUACGACACAGCGCGUCAUACCUCCGGCCAAUACUCAAUCUCCCAUUGGCUCUGAUCCACCAAGUGAGAACAGCAAUUAUUAUAAAAUUGAAUUGUGUACAUUAUAA